CUUCUUGCCUUAUAAUUCAGAUGCCUCGCUUUGGGAAGGACUUUAAGAUGUUUAAUAAGAUCUUCCCUUCUCUGGAGCUUGACAUCACAGAUCUAUUAGAUGACACUCCUAGAGAAUGUCGAAUUUGCGGUGGCUUAGCUCUUUACGAAUGCAGAGAGUGCUAUGAAGAUUGUGACAUCACACCAGGAAAGAUCAAGCAGUUCUGCGAAAAGUGCAAUACACAGGUACAUCUACACCCACGGCGUAAGUCUCAUCGAUAUGUUAAGUUAUCUAUACCUAAAGAGCUGCAGGAGUCGGUUUGGAGACAGGGAUCUUACCCUCACCAGCAGAUGGAGCUGUUUGCCGUGCUCUGCAUUGAGACGAGCCACUAUGUUGCCUUUGUCAAAUAUGGAUCUGCAGACUCGGCCUGGCUAUUCUUCGAUAGUAUGGCUGACCGCGACGGCGGUCAGAACGGGUUUAACAUCCCACAGGUUUCCCCAUGCCCUGAAGUAGGGGCCUACCUGAAGAUGACCCCGGAGGAACUCCACGCACUGGACCCCAAGAACAUCCAGGGCUAUGCACGCAGACUUCUCUGUGACGCCUAUAUGUGCAUGUACCAGAGUCCCACCAUGAGCCUCUAUAAAUAGAGAAGGAGGAAUAAAGAAGGAUGGAAAGGUAGGAAAGGGAAUGGCCGAGAAGGAGAGAGAUGAGGGAACGAGGGAACAGAGGAAAAGGGGCUGUGGUGAAGAGAGAAUGAGGAGGAAAAAAGUGCCCAGGAAAAUGCACUCCCACGUCCGGUUGCCUCAUCCUCUGUUCUGCAUCUCUCUGUACAUACUGCAGGGUAAAUACAGUCAUGAGAGCGAAGGAGAGAUCAAGAGAAUGAACGAAAAAGCAUAUUUGCACUGUGUGAGAGCAUAUGUGUUUGUGUGUUUGUUGAAGUGUCGUUGUUGUUUUCUCUGAUCUGUGCCGUCUUGGGCUAAGCUCAAACUCUUGAGUGUUCCGAGCGGUGUUUUGCACGGAGAGAAUUCGCAAUCUUUCCAGCCCUCAGGUGUUUCGCAGACGCUCACUCACCUGAUGGCUUCACAUUCGCCACCUACCGCCAGAACUGACCCCUCCAAACAACAACACAUUCUAACCCUGUAAAUGAAGCCUUGGAUGAAUGACCAAAACAGGAUGUUUCCCUUCUGUCUGAAUUCUUCCAUUCGUCAUUAACCCAUCUUAAUGCACUGCAGCGUCCAGCAUUAAUUAUAGUUCAGAUGCACUGUGUGUAGUCCCUGUUUUUGCCUUUAUAUUUUGCUGUGAAGUCUUUGUCAGGUGUGUUCACAUACAGCAGAGCCCUUGACUGCCAUGCACUGGUCCCAGAUCAAGACAGAAGAAUGAGAUGAUUAAGCACACUUUUUUUGUUUUUUUUGACAUGAAGAAUAAUAUAAUUGAGCCUUUUCUUGUUAAAAUAGGAAUUAUUUCAUUUUAUUAUGAUUUGGUUUUUAUAAAUGUGGAAAUAUUAUUUUAAAUAUUGCAAAAAAAAUACUAGCAGCUUCCCAGGCCAUGCUCUCAAAAUCAUAAAUUAGUGGUAAAUUACUUCUUACAGAUACGAGUCAAUUUGUGCAAAUAUUAUGAUGAUGUGAAAUUCCAAAAGUUACUGUUUUGCAGUCAAGGACAUGUUACUGUUAUAAAGAACUGAUUCCAGUUCCUGUUUGUAUAUGACAUGCUCUGGUUUGAGUGUUCACGGCGGAGGCUGAAUGGGCAGAAGCUGUUUCACGCUAAACUGCAGUGCUGUUGGCUAAUUUGCGGUAACACUGUUCAUCGAGAUACUGGAUUGAUGUACUGUGCACAUUUUUGCUAUGGGUUAUCGGAUUGUUUACAUGGCCUGGUUUAAACUGAAAGGUUAUGGAAAGAAACAUGCAUUGGGAUUGUUUUUUAAUCUCUGCUGAUGUAACCGUACACUAUUGGAGAGAUUCUCCAUGAGCGGCUGUAAUGGGAGAAAGAAUGACGACUAGUGUACUUGUGUAAAAUGAAGCCAGGUGGACGUUAUUAUCUCUGUGCUGUUCUCUUAAAUGUUAACUAAAUUAAA